UCUGGGUUUAAUUCAGUGGCAGUUAACUUCCUUGCCAGGCCAGAGUGAAUCGCAGCUUCAGAGGAGACAUCGGGGAACAAGCUUGUACCGUUUGCUGUGUGAAGAAGAAUUUCCUGAAAAGCCAUGGCCUCAGCUAUAUUUACCAAGAAGUUCAGGGAGGAAGCUACCUGCUCCAUCUGCCUGAAGCUGAUGACUGAGCCCGUGAGCAUAGACUGUGGGCACAGUUACUGCCGCAUUUGCAUAUUGGGCCUUUCUGGGAACCGAAGCUCUGAAACAUCAUCUCCAGGGACAUUUCAUUGUCCCCAGUGUCAGAAAUCUUUUAAAAGGGAUAGUCUCCGGCCCAACAAGCAGUUGGAAAAUAUCAUUGAAACCAUCAAGGACACAGAGCAUGAAAGGUUGUGUGAGAAGCAUGGAGAGCAGCUCCACCUGUUCUGUGAAGAUGAUGGUCAGUUCAUCUGCUUAUGCUGUGAGCGGUCACCACAGCACAAAGGACAUGUCACUGCUCUUGUUGAAUAUGCAUGCCAACAUUACAGGGAACAGCUCUGGAAAGCAGUCAGAAAACUGAGCGUAACACGCAUGAAAUAUAUUCAGCUGAGGAAAGACACAACUCUGAAAAUAACUAGCUGGAAGGAGAAAAUAAAUCAUGAGAAAGAAAGAAUCCAUUCUGAAUUUAAAAGUCUUCACACAUUCCUGAACCAGGAGGAGGAGUUAUAUAUGUGUCGACUGAAGAAAGAAAAAGAGCAGAAGCUGAGCAAACUGCAAGACAUUUUAGCCCAUCUGGAUGACAAACUACAGGAACUUGAGAAUCACAUCCAGGAACUGGACAAGAAAUCUCAGAGCUCAGCACAGAAUUUGCUGCAGGAUAUAAAGGACACCUUGAGCAGGAAGUCAGCUAUCUAUGUGGAAACACCAGAGGAUGUUUCUUUGGAGAUGCAUACUGUAUGCAAUGUCCCUGCACUUUACUUAAAUGUGAGAAGAGUUUUAAAGCACUAUCAAGACAAUGUGACUCUGGAUCCCAAAACUGCUCAUCCAGAUUUAUGUCUGUCUGACAAUCGGAGAACAGUGGCUUACAAAGGAAGCAUACUGAUGUAUCAAAAUCCUGGAGGAUUUAGUGUCUUAUCCUGUAUCCUGGGCCGUGAGUGCUUCACCUCAGGAAGACAUUACUUUGAAGUGGAUGUGCAAGUAGGAGUUGAGUGGGGUGUAGGAGUUUGUCUGGAAAAUGUACCAAGGGACAUUGACAUUGUACGAGAACCUCAGUCUGGAUUCUGGGCCAUCAGACUGAGAAAGGACAAGAGCUGUUUAGUCCUUACUUCUCCCCAAAUUUCCCUUCCUCUGAGGGACCAGCCUCAAAUUGUAGGGAUUAUUCUAGACUGUGAGGCUGGGCUUGUGUCCUUCUACAAUGCCACUAGUCAUUCCCACCUCUACACCUUCCCCACAGCCUCCUUCUCUCAUGCUCUCAGACCUUAUUUUGAGGUUUAUCCAUUUUCUUCAUUGUCCUUGAUUUCCUCAAAUAAGUAAGAAAAAAGGAAAGUAUCUUUCUAGUUAAACCAGCAUAGAAAUUAGUUGGUAAAUCCAGGUGGAAACAAAAAUUGGAUCUAAUUUCUAACUGGCUGUUUCACCAUAUCUACAAUAUUAUCUCAAACAUUUGGAAUGCAUAAAACUUGCAUUGAAGUAAUAGAUAAUCAGAAGGUAACACAAAUGAUAAUGAAUCUGCACUGCAAUGGAAAAAGCAAGAUUUUUUAAAAUUGCUUUGCAUAUUUUGUAUAGAGUUUCUCCUCUCCUUUGCUUUCCAUGAUUUCAGAUCUUUAAUUUCCAAGACAAACUGACAGACCAGUGAGCAGGAUGACAGAAGCUAAGGGGGUUCAGGUUCUCUCUGCUUGUUUGGUAUACCAUAGGAACUCAUGGGGAGGGAGCAAGGGAAGCUGCAAUUAUAUCAGAAAAAGCAUAAAGAGGGCGGUGACUCUUCUGCCCAUUGGCACGUUGGUGAAUACUCUGAGCUGUAGCCCUGAAUGAGAGAGUAAGUGCAGACAGUGGCCAACCUAGACAAUCCUGUCCAAUGAAUGGUGAAGGAAAAUCAAAAUUGACUUAGAGUGAAAUGAGAAAAUUGAGAGUAAAACUGAUUUGGAAAGUACUUCAGUACUGGAAAAGAAGUUGAAUAUUGGAGUUGAAUAUAAAAGAAGUAAUGUAUAUUCAGACUGUAACAGGAAAGAUAAUGCAUCUGUACUAUAGUGGAAUAAAGCAAGAACUUUUUUAUUACUUUG